UGCAGAUUGGGGAUGGAGCAGAGGGAAGCGGUGAUGGGCUGUAGGCAGAAGCCGGUCGAUGGGGACUUCAGGUCGGGAGGAGGAGGAGGAGGAGGAGGUGGUGGAGGUGGAGGAGGAGGAGGAGGUGUUGGAGGAGGUGGAGGGAAUGCCAAGGCGGCCGUCUCUCCCGCGGCUCCGAUGGAGAGGUCUGGGAGUCGGAUGGGGUCGGGCGAGCGGCCGGACCAGGAGGAGGAGGAGGAGGAGGAGGAGGAGAGCGCCGGCGGGAGCAGCGGCCACGACUCCAACUCCAACACCGACAGCGACAAAUCAGUGCAGGGGGACGGGCCCGAGGAGCACGAGUUCUCCAUCAAGGAGGCGAACUUCGCGGACGGCAGCCUGAAGCUCAAGAUCCAGACCACCAAACGGCCCAAGAAGCCGCCCAAAAACCUGGAGAACUACAUCUGCCCUCCGGAGAUCAAGAUCACCAUCCGGCAGCCCGGGGACCACAGGACCCCCAGAGCCGGGAGGGGCAACAGGGGGGCGAAGGAGGAGGAGAAGAGGAAGAAGGGUCAGGCACGAUCUCACAAGCAACCCGAAGUACGUUUCAGUGAGCUUCCCUCGAGGUUGCAGCAUGACUUCAGCGCUGACAGUGUGAAACCAAAGUACCAAGAUCGGGUUAAUCAGAUCCAGCUUGAAUGGUCUGCGACUGCUGGAGUCUCCCCUGCCAUUCAGAGUAAUGCAACAGAUGUCGAUGCCCGUAGAGAGAUCACGAGCAGCGCAAAGUCAGUUUCGGAUCAGUUCUGUGACUUUGCAAAGUCCCAGCUGAGCAGGCCUGUCCCUGCCGGCUGUACUUGGAAUCCUUUUACCAGCAGUCACGGGGGUCUCUCCAUCACUGGUAGCGGCCGACUAGGCAACUUACUGCCUCAGUCCAUCGGUCGGCCCGAGGGCAAGACAAUGCAGACUCCACCAAUGGACCAAGAGAAAGGAUACUCGGAGUGCAAAGAGCAUUCCCCGCACGGAAAUGGGGCCGGGAAACCCGGUAGGAAAGACACCAACAAAUGCUCUAAAAACCAGGCGACGGAGAGCAUGGACGCAGAGUGGGACAAAAGUAGUCAAAAGGUACAGGAGCUGGAAUGCCACGGGAGCGGAAAGAGUAAAAAAGAUACCCUUGCGAGUCAUGUCACAAAUGCAGAGGCGCUGGCCAGAUCCUCCCCGUCCAGGGUCAGCGCGGUGGGCAGUCAAGACAAGGAUUCCAGCACCGUAUUGAUCAGAAUGCCAGUAAAGCCACAGACUGCCUUGUCAACAGGCACCAGAACACGAAAGGGACGGCUGUCUAAAGCAAUUUUGGAUAAAAGCCUGCAAUCAGAACCAAUGAGUGCUGAAUCAGCUGUAAAAAAGGCUGAUAAUAGCAACUUCCCCAGCGCUGGAGACGGUGUAAGUAACAGCAGGAGCCAGGCCAGCGGCAAGGUCACAAAGCAAAGUAGAAACGUGCAGAAGGUUCUCAGUCAAGUCAAUCCAGAGGCAGGCAGAGCUCAGGACUCAGCUGCCGUGUCAGAGGCCAGAAGCAGGGUUCGGAAACCCACCGCACUGCUGACCUCUCCUUUGUUUAUAGAUCCCACCAAGAGCCGGAGGGGAUGUGAGGAAAUGAAGCAUCCAAAACGAGCAGCAAAAAAGGGCACGAUUUCUGCCAAGUGUAAAACCAUCAGCCUCCUGGAGGAGAGGAGCAUGAUGCAGGCAGUGAACAUGGUGAUGGAGCCUCCCUCGGCCUUUCCUAUAACCCCCGCUAGCCCUCUGUAUUCCAACACAGAUAGCCUGACGGUUAUCACUCCUGUGAAGAAGAAACGGGGAAGACCAAAGAAGCAGCCACUCCUGACUGUGGAGACCAUUCACGAGGGAGCUGCCACCAGCCCGGUCAGCCCCAUGUGUCGAGAAUCUCCCAGUACCAACAAGAAAAAGAAGAAACGGCAAAGUCCUCUUCAGCUGGGGCAGAUGGACUCCGUCACCUCAGAACCCAGCGAGGUGACCUUUUCCAAGAAGGAGGGAAAGAUAGGCGUGCUGGACAAGAAGACCAUCAAAACCAUCAAUAAAAUGAAGAGCAUGACACGGAAGAACAUCCUGAACCAGAUCCUGUCCUACUCCAACAACCCGGUGCUGAAGAAGAAAGUCCAGACCUCCAGUGCCGUGUCAGCAAUCUCGUCCGCCCUCGAGACCAAGCUCGGGAAGCAGAUCAACGUGAGCAAGAGGGGGACUAUUUAUAUUGGCAAGAAGAGAGGACGCAAGCCCAAAUGCAUGGGCCAGCUACAGCAAGAGGGAAGCAAGGGAGCCGAGAAGUACUCCAAGCCAAUAUCUGCCCAUUCGGAAAACCCAACCGUGCCUUUCGGCUCACCGCUGGCCGCAGCAAUGACACCAGGCAGUGCUCAACUGUCGCCCUCCCAGGUCAUGGGGUCAGGUGGAAACCUGAGCCCCAUCAGCAGUGAGACCAACCUAUCCGAGUCAAAGGCAAUGCCAAACCUUCAGCCCAUCAGUGCACUUCCUACCAAACCCCCCAAAAGCCUGCACACCAGCACCUGGAAGCUGUCACCACCCAGGCUCCUGGCCAACUCCCCAUCUCACUUGUCCGAGGUGGCGUCGUUAAAGGAGGUCACCCUCUCGCCCGUCAGUGAGUCCCACAGCGAAGAGACCAUCCCCAGCGACAGCGGAAUCGGAACAGAUAACAACAGCACUUCCGACCAGGCGGAAAAGGGGUCCGAAUCCCGCCGGAAAUACUCCUUCGACUUCUGCGCACUCGACGCCAGCGAAGGUGCGGCGACGGACGGCGGAGUGAAGGGAAAGCACCGGCAGAAACAUCUGGUCGUGGACGAGUUCCGUAUACAUGAGAACAUGAAGAAGCAGAAGCACAGGCGAAAGAAAAAAAGCCUGCAGAUGCAGAGCAGAGAUGACCUUCAGUUCAUAGCGGACCUGGAAGAGCUAAUCGCGAAGUUUCAGAUAUUUCGCAUCUCGCACCGGAGCUACUCGUUUUAUCCUGACAACCCGUAUCCCAGUAUUUUCCGGGUCAACUUUGACCACUACUAUCCCGUGCCAUACAUUCACUAUGACCCAUUACACUACCUUCGCCGCACGGCUGAUCUCAAGUCUAAGAAGAGGCGUGGUAGACCUCCUAAAGCCCAAGAGACUAUGACAAAGGUGCCUUUCUUACAGGGCUUUGGGUACCCACUCCCCAGCGGGAGUUACUAUGCACCCUAUGGCAUGCCUUAUACAUCAGUGCCUAUUACAGGCAUGAUGAACCUUGGGUAUUAUGGGCAAUAUUCAGCUCCCUUUUACCUAUCACACACACUUGGGUCGUCUUCCCCCUUCAUGAGGCCUACAAUGCCCCCGCCCCAGUACCAUGCCAGCUCCCACCUAAAAAUGCCAACCACUGCCAAGCACAAGGCAAAACACGCCAUGCACUUGCAGCCUUCAAUUGGAGUGGAUUUAAAUACCAUGCAGCCUUCGUUGACAUCGCAAAGAGGUGGUGGCACUGGAAUAUCCAGCAGCCGAAUUCACAAGCGAAAACAUAAGCACAAGCACAAACACCGGGACGAACGGCUCAUUGGCUCGAGGGAUGAUCUAGGGGAGCUGUUUGGGUGCAAGUCCAAUUUUGCUAAAGCUUUAGUACAUCAGAAACUCGACAGUUGUGACAAAGACCUUUCCCUGGUGGCCGACAAAGGUAAACACAAGGAGAAGCUGAGACACCAGCACAUCGAACCAAUGCACAGUGGACAAAAGGCCGCAAAGAACAUCUUUGACGUAGACAUGUCGUCGAAAUUAACCUUCUCUGAUUUCCCACAAUGGACAAGGGCCAUGGAAAGAAGUGAUUCCAUCAGUGAGUCAAUCGAUGCCUGUGUAAGAAAGUACACGAGUCCCGAUGCCCGGACUAGACGGGAGGCUUCAGUGGACCUGUAUGGGGACCUGCACACUGUGAGCAGCUCAGCUGAGAAGAGGGAAAGUGAAUUAAGUGGGGGCAGAAAGAGGCACUUUGAGGGAUUUGGAACGUAUCGAGAGAAGAACGGACCUGUGCUGAGGACAAAUAGGAAGGACUGGGGGCAGAUCCCCACAGCACCAGGUUUACUUAGCUCACACACCAAGCUGGACCAAACGGCAUCGCACAAUAAAAGUGAUAGUGGCCUUUCUAUUGUAACCAGAAAGAAGGCAAUUUCUACCGAAAGUGUUACAGUCUCAACUCUGCUACCGUCUCCCCUGCUCUCAUCAUCUCCAUCCUGUGACUCAGUGCAAAGCCUCAGUUCUUCGCCAAGGAGGAAACUGAAGAGGAGAGAAAUCGAAACGAUUCAGUGUGAAGUCAGGAAGAUGUGCAAUUACAACAAGAUUCUCGCAACGAAAAAGAACUUGGACCAUGUCAACAAGAUCCUUAAAGCCAAACGGCUGCAGAGACAGUCAAAGACUGGCAACAACAUCGUGAAAAAGAGGAGAGGCCGACCAAGGAAGAACCCCGAGCCCUCGGAUGAUGACUUCACAGACCAGAUGCCGGUGCUGGAGAAGUGUGUGGACCUCCCCAGCAAACGUGGUCCGAAGCACAGCCAGAUCCCAGAGGUUCUGGUGUCGACCAGUCAGGACACGAUCAUGGACACAAUCGAGGCCGUCAUUGGCAUGGUCAGGCAGCACGAGCUGAAGCCAGAGAGAAGCCAGAAGCGAAAGCAGGAGGAGGAAGUUGGGCAAAAAGUGAAAAGACAUAGGAAGUCCAAAGAGAACGAAAAAGUGGCAAUCACCAUGAAUACAAAAAGGUACAGCAGUUCAAAUGCUUCUGCCACCAGCUACCAGUCCGUAGCCUCCAAUCACUGAUACCUUCCUUCCUGCACUUUAACCUUUUACUUCUUGGUGAAUGAGAAGGGAAUGACUGAGACUCGGAUGUUGGAUAGUUUCUAGAAGAUCACA